AUGCUAAAUUCACUACAAUCUUUAUAUUUAUAUGAACUAUUAAGAGGUCUUUUUAUUGCAUUUAAAAAUGUUUUUUCGAAGAAAGUUACUAUUAACUAUCCUUUUGAAAAAGGUGCAAUUUCGCCUAGAUUUAGGGGUGAACAUGCGUUACGUAGGUAUUCUAAUGGAGAAGAAAGAUGUAUUGCAUGUAAACUGUGUGAAGUAGUAUGUCCUGCACUGGCUAUUACCAUAGAUUCUGCAAUACAGGAGAAUGGCAGUAGACAGACUACAAGAUAUGAUAUAGAUAUGACGAAAUGUAUAUAUUGCGGUCUAUGCCAAGAAGCAUGUCCAGUAGAUGCAAUUGUUGAAAGUUUUAAUUUUGAGUAUGCUACAUUUACACAUGAUGAGUUACUAUAUGAUAAAAAAAAAUUAUUAUCAAAUGGUGAUAAGUUUGAAAUUGAAAUAUAUAUAAAUUUAAAGAAAGAAAUACUAUAUAGGUAA